AUGUCUUCGACGACCUUCAGCGGCGAUGAAACUGCUCCGUUCUUCGGCUUCCUUGGAGCCGCGGCUGCUCUCGUCUUUUCCUGUAUGGGUGCGGCUUAUGGGACAGCAAAGAGUGGUGUAGGUGUUGCAUCAAUGGGGGUGAUGAGGCCAGAGCUGGUGAUGAAGUCGAUUGUGCCUGUUGUCAUGGCUGGUGUUUUGGGUAUUUACGGUUUGAUUAUUGCCGUAAUUAUCAGCACUGGCAUUAACCCUAAAGCUAAAUCCUAUUAUCUUUUUGAUGGAUAUGCCCAUCUUUCUUCUGGCCUUGCUUGUGGUCUUGCCGGGCUUGCUGCUGGAAUGGCUAUUGGUAUCGUGGGGGAUGCUGGCGUUAGGGCUAACGCACAGCAGCCAAAGCUAUUUGUUGGCAUGAUCCUUAUUCUCAUUUUUGCUGAAGCUUUGGCGCUAUACGGACUUAUCGUUGGAAUUAUUCUGUCUUCACGAGCUGGCCAGUCAAGAGCUGACUAA